AAGGUAACGCAAACAUUAACAAUGAGCUGACUUGUAGCUAGCUAGCGUAUAAACUUUGAGCGGCAGUUUACGUUUUCCUAUCAAGUAAAGGAGCUAACUGAACAGCUGCUACGGUCGGAAAUUGUAGAGAGAUUUUCUGUCGACGAAAACGACCGAGAAGGAGUUCGGUUUAAGGCAUCAUGGCGAGUCAGCGGCCUCCCUCCAGCAUUGGCCGCCCGAUGAGCCGCAGUGGAUCUGCAGCCCCUGGUGCUGGAAGACCACCAACAGCCGUCCGACCUCCUCCUACAGCUAUCCGUGUCACCACUGGGAUGGUUCCAGGUACGAGUGGUCAUCCUGGCAUGAGGGGCGGCAUCCCCAUCGCCACCCCCGGAGUCCUGUCAGCACAGAUCAAAGUGACUGACAGGCCUGUGACCCAACAGGGGCUCAGUGGUAUGAAGACUGGCAUGAAAGGACCUCAGAGACAGAUUUUGGAUAAGUCCUACUACCUGGGCCUUCUUAGGAGCAAAAUCAACGAGUUAACCACAGAGACGAGCAAACUGCACAAAGAGAUCGACAACUACCGUCAGGAGAAUUCUGUUUAUCUUUCCUAUGAGAAGAGAGCUGAAGGCCUGGCUGGAGAGAUUAAGGAUCUACAAGGGCAGCUCGCUGACUACAACAUGCUGGUGGACAAGCUCAACACCAACACAGAGAUGGAGGAUAUGAUCAAUGACUACAACAUUUUGAAAGCCCAGAAUGACAGCGAGGCUGAAAGCAUCGACAGCAUCUUCACUGAGAGGAGAGAAAGAGAGGAGGCCAUCAGGGCAAUAGAAGAAGACAUCAGGAGGGAAAGGCGGGUCGCUGAGGAGGUGGUCCAGGCGAUGCCGGCCGCAAAGCAGGAGAAGUAUUUCGGCAUGACGACAGCCAAUGAGGAACUGCUACAGGAGCUGACUGUUCUGCAGGAGGAGCUGGACAUUCUGAUAACCAGGAAGGAGGACUAUGAGGCUGAGCUAGCUCACUCGCACAUAAAGCAGGAAGUGGUUCGUCUUCAUGAGACUCUGUCGGCGCUGGAGGCGAAGCGUGACGCCAUGGAGGCUGAGCACAAGAGCCUCAGCUCCCCACAGGAGGAGAGAGAGCAGCUAUUCAAACAGGUGAAGGAGGACAAUCAGGAAAUCGCCAGCAUGGAGAGACAGCUUACAGAGAUCCGGGACAGGAUGGGACAAAUCACAGAGGAUAUCCAGCAGCUGGAGCAGGACUCAGAGGAAGCACAGGGGGAGUGUCAGCAGAAAUACAAGGAGCUGAAGAGGAAAGAGGAGGAAAUUGACCGGUACCUGGAGUCAUUUGAGGAGUCCAGAGGUCAGGAGCAGAGCAAGAUGACACAGAGCCAAGAAAACAUCGUCUCCCUCCUGGAACACUGCAGCAGGAACAUGUUGCGGCUACGGCAGGUGGACACAGUGACAGCCAGUGAGCUGAGGAACAUGCAGGAGGUGCUGGUCAGCAAGGAAACGGAGGUGGUCCAAUCAGAGAGCACUGCCAGAGGACUGACAACUGAGUCCCAGCGUCUGCAGCAGGACCUGGAGAAGGUGCAGCAGCUGGAGGGGAAGAUCUCAAUUGAGCUCAGCACCCUGAAGGAGCGAAUCAGCACCAUGGAGUCUGAGCUGGUCACCUACCGAGACCUGGACACGCUGAGGCACACAGCGGAGGAAAAGAAAAAGAGACUUCAGGAGGACCGCAUAUCGCUGACCUUGCUUCAGGAUUCAUUCAGGCAGCUGUUGGAGGAAAUGAACCAGAAAUAUGAAGCUCUGAAAACGAAACUACAAGAAAAUGAGACUCACGCUCAGCUGGCAAACCUGGAGAGAAAAUGGCAACACUUGGAGCAGAACAACUUUGUAAUGAAAGAGUUCAUCGCCUCUAAAUCUCAGGAGAGUGAUUACGCCUCAGUCGCCAAGAAUGUCUCCCAACAAGUGGCAGAGUACAACAAGAGUCUCAUAGAGUCCCUGCAAAACAACAGGAGUUAAAAGCACAUCAACACACAAAGUGUCUGUUACUACUCAUUUAUCACAUUUCAGUUAAUUUCAUAAUAAAGUCUGUAUAUAGUCUUGUCUUUUUGCAAAAGGACAGAUCUAGCAAUACGUUGUCUUAAAAACUUUAACCUACUUUUUAUGUUUUCACAAAUGAGUGGCAGUGUUGUGUCCAACUGACAAAAACUGUAACUGCUGACUGUACUCAUAUUCCCAAAUGUCUGUAGUCAACGUUUCUAUGUGUUUAUCUACUAUUUUCUGUAUUUAAAUAAAGUUUACAA